AUGGAUCGAAGCCUGCUUCUGAUUUCGUUUGUGAUUUUAUCUAUUGAACAUUCUCUGGGGAAAUCAGUCUCCGUGGAUUUAAAUUUAGCUCCUGAAUGGAAAGCUGAGAUAACAAAGAGAGCAUCGGACUACGGUAAUACUAUUAUUUGCAUUACUUUCAGGGUUAGAAACAACAAGGAAAGAUCGAAUUAAGCGUUAUAACCUUGUCAUAAAACCUUUUUGACGAGCUUUUAUUUGAUCGAUAAGCUUAGAUCUAUGUGUGAUGCGUGAACGGGGAACCCUCAAUUUAUUUUGAAUCUUAAAAUCUUAUUAUCGAACAGUCCAAUCGUUGUACGUUGAAAUGUAACAAAUGAUAAGAUAAUUUCGCUUGUAUCAGUUUCAAAUGAAUAUGUUUGAAUUCUUAUUAUGAUUCUGAUGGUUUGGUGUCCAUUUAACAUCUAAUUCACCUGACAAUGUUUUGUGAGGAUUUUGUGCUUUCCCGGUGGGGUGCCAAUUUGAAACUCAGCGGGUAGUAUUUUUUUUAGUUACCAUGUUCAGACUGCUUUUUUUAUCUUAACAUCUAAGAAACAAAACAAACCAAACGGAAACGAAGAAUGACAGUAAUCGCCUGCUUGGCAUCUUUCUUAGCUUCUGUUCGUUUUUGUUCUUAACAUCAGGGUAGCUGAAGUUUCCCCCUUUCUGUCAAGUUUGGUAUAGUUCACUUCACCAGCUGUUUAAUUGAUUUCUCUCCACUAGUUAAUCAAAUAAAGACCGGAAGAUAAAAUACUUAUGAAUUGACCAUAUUGAUAUCAGGUCUGUCACUAAAGGCCACAGAACCCAGGAAUUUCCCCUUUUUCUGUCAUAGUUAUGUUUCUGCAGUCUUUUGGCAUGUUUUUGAUAACUGACAAGAUUAUUUUGUCAUUACAGUCUCUAAAGGGAAUUUGAUAGUCUUAAGUUCAUGUAAGGCAGCUUUCACACCUGGUGUCCUGGCACAGUGCCCAAGUAUGGUACUUGCUGGGCACUAAUGUGAACACAACCUUUUAAUUUUGUAAGUACUCAUGCUAGAAUUCAGGCACAGUCUGGGUAGCCAGUAGUAGUACACGGGCACAAAAGUGGGCACCAGGUCCCUGUGUGCACACCGUUUUUCUCAGUUCUGGGAUGGUCCACUGCUUUCUACUAGUAGCUAAGCUCAUGUUUCAAAGUGGCACCUGACAGGGUGAACUGGAGUAACCAACAUACACAGUUACAUAUGGGGGACCUUAGGGGUUAACACAACACUAUUUUUUGCACCAGUAUCUGGGCACUGUAUGGACAUCCACUUAGGCAGCAUUCACUCUUGGUACGUACCCGGGUACAAUGCCCAAGUACAGUACUCGCUGGGCACUGAUGUGAACACACCCUUUUUUCAAGUAGCCAAGCUAGAAUUUGGGUGCGUACAAGGUCUUGACCUUGUACGCGGGCACAAAAGUGGGCACUGGGUACCUUUGUGCACACAAUAUUAAUUUUGUAUAAAGUUCUGGGCAGUCCACUGCUUUGUUCUCGCUGCUAAGCUCAUGUUUCAAAAUGGCAUCUAACAGGGGGAAAUGGAGUAAGUAUGUACACAGUCACAUCAGGUACUCAAAGUGUGAACACAACACCAUUUCGAGCUCGUACCCUGGUACUGGUUCCAGGGCACCCUGUGGGCAGCCUCGUAGAAUUCAUCUCUGAGCCACAUUCAUGUUAUAAUUUGGGGACUGGGAUGGUUUGUGUUUAUUGGAAGAGGGGAGAGAUUGGUUGAUAUUGUGGGGAGUACUACUUAACAAAACAGACAGUCUCCAGAUUUUAGAUCUUUCUCUAGAGAUUACAGUAUCUGAUGAGACACUUGGCUGACAUAGAAACUAUUGUGUUGUUUGAAAAGGAGUACAGCCUACCCUAAUAAAUGAAGAGAAUCAAGGAAGAGGUGUGAACAAGGUUUCUCAAUUUGGUGAGGGUGAUCAUUCAGCGGUUAAGGUCAAAUUUAACAGUGACCUGUCUCUCUAGUUGGCAUUCUCAGCAUUUUCUUGGUAAUAUUCUUUUUGUUGCUUUUGACAGUGCAGCACACUAUUCUUCCAUUUGUUGCAAAAGAACUCAAUGACUUGAGUGUACCAAAUAUCAAUGGAAACAUCAAGACUCCACUGGGGGAUGUACAGUAUGAUCUCUCCAAGUAAGUCUACAUCCUUGUUUUUAUGAAUGGAAAAGACUGAGGAGAAGAGGACAGAUAUGAUCCUGUUUGAAAAAUUGCAUGAAUGCAUCCUUUGAAAAACCUUACAUCUUCCAAGUGUUCCAUUGAAGAAGUGGAAUGCUCUAAGGACACAUUUGGAGAAGGCAUUGGGAUUUACUAGCAAGACUUAGUCCUUUUGGGAUGUGGAGCCAAAGAGGAGGAUUAUGCACAUUUAAACAAAAAGUCUUCGCAGUAAUGUACAUUUUUUUUUUCAGGAUCAAGUUAUCAAAUGUGGUGAUUCAGAAGUCCAAUAUGUCUUUGAUACCAGAGCAUGGCUUAAAGCUUUUGGCUGAUCAUGCCUCAGGGAAUGUUGAAGCUGCCUGGCACUAUAAGGAAAGUGCGUGGUAAGCAAGGACGAACAAUAUGGCUGAGUGGUCAGUAUGUGGGCCUCGCACCCUGGAGGUUUUGGGUUUGGGUCCCAGUCUAACCACUGGCUGCAUUUGUUUUUAGUCAAGUUCCAAGUCCACUUCCUCUGCUGCAUGCUUGUAAAUUGCUAACCAGUUACCUCCUGCAAGCUGUGGCUUUCAGUUCUACAAAUUUACUUUCUACUGAGAGAUAGUAAUAAAAAAAUAAUUAUUACUUAAUAAUAAUAAUGAUAAUAACAAUAAUAAUAAUAAUAAUAAUAAUAAUAAUAAUAAUAAUAAUAAUAAUAAUAAUAAUAGUACACUUUAUUUAAAGAGGGUAGCACAGAAUAGUUACAGAAACCAGUAAACUUGUGGCCCUCUAUCUAAAUUAAAAUUACAAAAAAAAAAAUAAGAUUCCAAAUAUACAAUGUCUAAGUACAAAAUGAAUAAAACUAAGGAAAUAUAGAAGUUUGUUUUAAUAUCCAACUUAAGUGUCUGGAAACCGGCCAGAGUAACAGUAACAGUCCUUGCGUUUAACGUUGUUUCUUUUCCUGUCUAGGCCGCAUAUUUCUGAUUCAGGAACAUGUGUGCUGUCAGUCAAAGAUCUUUCACUUGGAAUGGCUUUUUAUGUUGACGGUUAGUUAUAAUAUACCCAACUCGAGGCUGAGUCAUCAUGUGAUACAAAGAUAUUACCACAUGCAUCAGGAAUCAUUAUAUGUUUCUGGGAAACUGCCCACCUACCCCUCCCCUAAGGCAACAUUUUGCCCUAACUGAGAAGUAAGUAUUAAUGUUGGCUUAGGGGAAGGGUAGGUGGGCACUUUCCCAGAAACGCAUAAUGAUCCGGCAUGGAUCAUCAGCACAUAAAAAGAAACAUGCUGUUACAAUGGUGCAGUGAUGUGCCACUCAACAGGUUCUGUACCUGCAUACACUUGUUUUAUCUGUACAUCAGCCCUUAAAAAUAGGUUCAAAGUAAACAUCUUUUCCAGUCUAGGGUUUUGAAGUGCCAUAAUUAGAUCUGACAAGACUAGCGGUGGGUGACUAUUUUUUUUUCUUUUUUUGGCUAAAAGGUGAUUUGGAAACAAAGGAUGCCAAGGUCAGUGCAAAGGAUUGCUCAAUAAACAUCGGCACCUUACAUGUCAAAUUCAAAGGAGGAGCAAGGUAAUGACCAAUAAUUUGUUUCUCAUUGGAUUUUCGACAAAAGAAAAUUAAAUAAAUAAUGUACAGUUAAAUAACCUACAGUUCUUAUGUUUAAGAUCCUGGUGUGAGGGAAAUUUGCCAGUCUUAGCUAUCUACCCUCAAUAUAAUAAUCUUAAUAUUCAACUGCCCUCAUUGUGGUCACCCAUGGGACUGCUGGUGGGUGUCUGUGGUUGUUAACGCCCUUAGUGGGACUUAAUUUCUUUCAAACGUUAGUAGCGAGGCAUCCUCAAGACAAGUCUUCAGCCAUUGUACCUAUGAGCUUUUUUCAGCUGGUCAGUCAUGUACGAAUUAAAAUACCAUGCUGGGAAGCACAACAAACAAACAAAGCCAGGGUUUUCAUUAAGAAUUUUAGUAGCAGGAGAAGCAUGUAAUGUUACCAGAGAAUAUUUUGAAAGCGGCUACAUGUCUGAAUAAUAAAGUGUCCUACACUACCAAAUAUUAGCUGGAGAAUUCAGUGCAGUAAACGGGGAAUUCUCCAAUCUCUGAUGCCUAAUGAACACUCUGAACAAACCACUGUGACAACACAAAGAAAACUAGCAUUUUAAAUGAUGUAAGCUCUUUGUUUGUCUUAUGGCAGUGUGUCCCUUGCAUUCUGGCAUGAUGUUUCUGACCAGCUGCAAAGCAUGCCUAUUGGUCUAUAAUUCUACAAUGAGGAUUUGUAGAUUUAGACUUAAUUCUAGUCUUCAUUGAUUUCAACUUGUUCCAAAAACAAACCAAAAAAAAGGUCUAUAUGCAAUUACCCACAACAAAGUGCAGCGUGAUUUAUUAUAAACAUAAGAGAGGUUAAAAUAAAAUGAUUGAUUUUCUCUGCAGCUGGCUUUAUAACAUGUUUGCUGAUGGAUUGGCAUCACACCUAAAAGAUCAACUGACCAAACAGGUUAGAAAUUCCUUCAAUAAUAUUAUAGUUGUAAUAUUUUGGCUACACGGUUUUCUUUUGAAAGCUUAAAAAAUAAAUUUUUCUAUAUGAACCAAUAUAAACUCUGUUCUCUGUUCUAUUUCUCACAAGUCAACAGAUGUAGACAUGAAUCAGAUACUUGCACAAAUUUAAAGAAGCUUCGGUUUAAACUUCUUAAUUAAUUUUUACUAUUUUUCUGAUAAAGAUAUGUGAUGCAGCUAUCAACAUGAUUGACUCCAAAGCUACCAAGACGCUGAAUACAUUUCCAAUGAUUAUGAGGAAAUUUGCCACGGCAUAUAUGCAUUAA